AUGGAGCAGCAAGCUUCAACGUCAAAAGUUACCGUCGAGUACUUUGACCCCCAUGAUGUCUACGAGCUCCUGAAACCGGGGUUGAUUCCACGAUUACCGCUGCACAAUCUCCACUGGCAAUCGCAUUCAGGGCCGCUGCGUUCGAUCGACACCCUCCACAUUGAGCUGGUGGACGGCGGCAAGCUCCCGCAAGACGAGACGCCCGCGGCAGCCAAGCAGCCUGCCACUUCCGACGCAAAGGAUGAUGGCUUCCAGACGCAAGCCGUAGGUGGCCAAAGCGAUACUACGGAAAGCAGCGAAUCUAAACCCGCGGCGACAAAAGGCACAUCAGGCCGGCGCCACCAAAUUCCCGGGUUGCGCCGCACGCCCUACCUCAAAGUCCUGUUGGUUCGAUGCGACGACAAUGAUUCCUACAAAAAUACUGUUCGUUCCGAAGUUCGCGAAUGGAUCAAGCAACAUACACCGCCGACGAGCUCCUCAAAAAAGGCUAGCAACCAGGAGAACCAUGACGCGUAUGAGUGGCUCAUUCUGCAUGUUGUUAUUCCCAACACGGCAGCAUCCACCCAACCGCGCAGCACCGGCAAAGUAGAAGGCGGCGCAGACAAGACUACCACUUCGCGCUGGAGAACAGGGUUGACACCUCUUCUCGAAAAGUUCCGCUCCGACUUCAACAGUUCCAGCAAGGGUGCCCCGGAUCGCAUCGCCCAGAUUCGUAUAGGCAUCAACGAUGUUCCUUAUGAUAUGCUGCCGCGAGUUGUCCCUGCCGUACCCUCGGGCUAUAGCGAAACUGAGCAGGAUGCUGAGAGGGCUUGGAACGAUGUAAUCACCAAGUUCAAGAAUCUGAUCCUAAGCUCCUUCGACAAACGGGUUACACAAUACGAAGAAGAUAUCAAGGAGAAGGAUACCCAGCGUACACUGCCGGGCUGGAACUUUUGCACUUUCUUCAUUCUCAAGGAGGGACUAGCGCUUGGCUUUGAAAACGUCGGGCUUGUUGAAGAUGCUCUUGUUGGCUAUGACGAACUCAAUGUUGGCCUCGAUCUGGUCCUUGCUGAACAGGCCGAAACUGGCGAGCCUGAAAGCCACGGCGGCGCGAUGCUGCCGUACAGUGAUGAUCUCAAGAAAAUUGCCCGCAAAGCAUUGAACGAGGCUUCGGGGUCCUCAAACGACGAAGAGGCUGUUGACAUGCAGUCUGCCACCAAAUCAGCAGUCGAUGUCGAUGAUAUACCCAUUAGUCCUACGAAGAAGGCAUAUCGCGACAUGAUCCUGGCAAACAAGGUUUCCGUCUUGGACUUCAGAUGCUACAUCUUCUCCCGUCAAAUCGCGCUGUUGUUGCGCCAGGGCAACACAUCUGUUACUAGAGAGCAGCUCCUUUCCCGGCUUAAGGAGCAACAAGAGUCCAUUCUUCAUGGCGUAGCGCCACUUGCAAAGGCCACCCCCCAAAAGGAAGAUGAUACCGAAAAUCUAACUACUUUGGCAGAGGUUUGUCGAAGAACGCUCGAAUUUAUCCCAUCUUUGUCAAAUGUCAUGCGACACGACAUCAUAACGUCUCUUUCAGAGGAUGACCUCAACAACAAAAAAGAGGAUAUUAAUGCUGAGGCGCACCAAAUCAUUGACAACUUGGUCUCAUCUUUUGCAUUUUCCAUUGCACAGCAAAUUUUGGCGCAAACAAACACUAAGGCGCUACCUAUCCCACCAUCAUCCUUACCCCCCGCAGACAGGGCAGAACAAAAAGUUUCAAUACCAGAGCCCAAGACUAUGAUGCACCCAGCCAGACAUUCUUCCCUCAAUGAAAGAUCGCCGAGGAAUCCUCCAAGUCCGGGGUUCCCCGGCCCUGGUCGUGCGAUCACGACGCCGGCGGGUGAUGAACACAACUCCCCAUUUCUCAAGGUUGGCAUCGAGGAGCUGGCCGCUAGCCGCGCAGAGCUGUACAUGAUGUCACGAAGUAUUCUAUCAAGACUGGGCAAGAUACGAGGCUGGAGCACUGGCUGGGACGAAGCACCGAUUGUUAACGAAUCAGGCAUUGAGGCCAUGGAUGAGAUUAGCCUCGACGAUGAUACUAAUGAGAGCAACGAUAAUGAUUUAAGGCAUAGCGAAAAGAAGCCACCUGCAGAUAUCACACCUACAGGUGCUGGAAUUCGCAGCCAACUGCUAAUUUCUGCAACGGAAAACUCCGAGGACUUCUACCGCCUUUACGAAAUUAUGACCGACAAGGCGCUUCGUCACUACACGGUGGCUGGCCAACAAGGUGCCGUACAGACUGCAAUUGCUGACUUGGCUGUCCUUAAAUUUCUCAUGAAGGAGUACGUCACGGCCAAGUCUUAUUUUGAUAAGGCACUGCAGUACUUUGGGGAGUCCGGAUGGAGCAUCAUUGAGCUCUCAAUGCUGGUCAUGUACCUGCAAUGUCUGAGCGAGCGCAACGCCAGCCUCGAGUAUGUGAGGGCUGCUUUGCAACUACUUACAAUGUCGAGUGCUGCCGAAUUGUCACGGAUUCAAGACUCAUCAGCGCGCCAGUUCCGGCCCAGGCAGGAAGCAGUUGACUCGCCUAUCAAGGGCAUUGUGGCCAAGCUGUGUGAGGUAGCGUCCUCUCUACGCAGCGAUGUCCGGUCACCGCUGUCACUGUUCUUUACCAAGGUAGAAAUAUUGGGAACGCCAAAUUACGAAGACGGCCGCGAUGGAAGCUCCGUUUCAAUUGGCAUCUGGAGCCUACUACCUGAUGACCUGCAUCUGGAUAAGAUCCAGCUGAAGGUAUCUGGCGUAGACGCCGGCCCGAUCAAGGAGCUCACCUUUGCGAACAAAGACCCUGUCGUUUUAAAACCGGGCAAAAACAAGCUAUCAGUCUACACUAAUUCCGUUCUUGCUGGCAAGUACAAAGUCAACCACUUUGGCUUGCAUUCUAGUCGCAUUUUCCUGCACUACGACGCAGACGUCCACACCUCUCAAUCACCUGCCCCGGCUAUCUUCAAGCAGCCCGAAUUUACCCUCUACCAGCACUCUAGCGCCCUCGAUGUCGAACUUAAGGCCGCCAAGCACACGUCCCUGGACAAGAAUAACAGCCUUGAUCUUUCACUUAGUACGGGCUGGAACACGCUUAAGCGCUGCGAGGUCCGCGUCAAACCCAGCUCCGGGGGCCUGCGUCUGCUCACGACCGGGGCGACCGUUGUCGAUUCCGCCGUCGAGCUGGCGAAGCCUCCCGAGUCUGGACUCUUCCACUUCAACGCCAUGGCGCCCGAAACGUCCGUCAUCUUGCGGUUCCCCUUCUCCACAGAGCUCGACCUCGACGACGUCUUUGCCAAGGUCGAAGUGACGUACGUCACUGACACCGACGAAUCAUACCACCUCGCCAAAACUUUCAGCGUCCCUGUCGCCCUCGCGGUGGGCGUCAACGUUCAGGAUGUGUUCAAGCACGGAGCGCUCUUCUCGCGGUUCAACGUCACCACAGCCACGAGCGGCCCGCUCCGGUUGUACAAGAGCGAGCUCCUCGACUCGGAAUUGUUCUCUGCCACAUCAGGCGCGGCAGCGGCGGUGGCGCCCAUAGCCGUGUUCCCUAAGCAGUCUGCUGGCCUCCUCUACCGCGUCCGUCGCAAGAGCGACGUCCGCGUCGCCACCCGCACCGCCAAGACCAUGUACCUCAAGCUUCACUACACGCAGCUGCACACCGAAGUCGCCGACCGCAUCCGGGGGUCUGUUUGCGCAGCGCUCCACACUGCCUCCCUCGGCCCCUACGCGCGAGCUGUCGUCGCGUCCCUCGCCAAGGACCUUAAGCGCAGCCUGCAGCCGCAGGACCUCGAGCGCGCCGCACUCCUCGGCGAGGUGUCCACCUCCUUCCUCCACGGCGUCCCCUGGGAGAAGCGUCUUCAGGGGCUCGCCGCCGAGUCUGUCGUCCGCAGUAUCGCCGCGUGCCUCGGCAAGUGGCAGGCCGAGCACAAGCGCCUCCCCGUCCUCAGCCCCGACGAGGCCGCCAGCGAGCCGUCCUCCAUCCUAAUCCCCGUCGAGGUCCCCUCCCUCACCGUCGUGCACACCGCCGACAUCCGCCUCCGGCAUCCCCUCCCCGCCGCCAUCAACGACGCCACCGGCGGCAGCAGCAGCACCGCCACGCCCGCCGUCUUCCUCAACCAGGUGCUCCACGCUACGCUGCACCUCAAGUGGACGCGCGUCUGGGAUACGGAGAGCCCGCGCACCAAGGACCUCGAGUUCAGCUACGACGUCUCCGCCAGUCCCGAGUCCUGGCUCGUCGGCGGCCGCCGCAAGGGUCGCUUCGUCAUCCCUGGGUGCGCCGCCGCCGACAGCGCCGCCGAUGCGGGCGACGCGUCGUCGUCCACGCCCGAGACGGAGGCCGAGAUACCGCUCAUCCUGAUCCCGCAAAAGGAAGGCUGGCUUCCCUACCCGAGCGUCGACAUCCGCGAGGUGGUGAGCGCCGACACAUCGAAUCGGGGCGAGAGCGGCGGCGCCGGUGGGGCGCCUCACUCUGGCGCGGGACAUAAUAUCGAAGUCGAUUGGAGAAACCUAGGAGAGACGGUGCGUGUUGUUAAUGAUAAGCAGGCAGUCACGGUCAGCCUGGACGCAAGUGGCCCUGCAGGCGGACCGUUGGUGCUUGAGAGUGAAAGCCGACCCCAUGUUCAAGGUACUCGUAUAGUAGCCUAA